AAAAGGAGAAAGAAAGUACAUCUUGAAUAGAAAUUCAGUGACAAUGUUCUGUACGUACCCAGCUUAUGGCUUGGGGCGGAACUCACAGAUCUGCCACAACUAGAACAACUAGAAUGAUUACAUUCUGAGUCUGUGAAUCUGUUCUGGCCAUCACCUGCCCCCUGUGCAGGGGCUCUACGGUUCCCAGAGACCAGCAAGAAGAGCCAUCAGCCAAAUAAUACCAGCACUUCUAACUUGAACAUCUUCAGAGCAGCAACUGGGAAAAAAAUCCUAACAACAUAUAUUCAGACACAUAUGGUCAGCAUCAUGAAGAUUUGGACACCUCUAAUUAUGACAUCCCUCUGUAUGGUGCUACUGCCUGUGCUGGGAGGAAUGAAGCAAAGGCCUAGCCUUGGUGAUAUGUUAACUGAAGAGUGCUGGGGAGAACCAACGAUCCGUGAAUGUAACAAGAGGUGUUCUAGAAGCUUUAAAUGUAUUGCCGUCAAUCACACAUGCUGCUGGACUUAUUGUGGGAAUAUCUGCUGGGAGACAAAGAUACCUCCUGAAGACAGAUAAAACCCUAACCUCUCACCAGGACACCAGUCUAUUCUCACUGAAGGUUGGGCAGGAGCAAAUCCUUGACAAAUAAACUCAUUUACCAACAGUG